AUGGUGCGCCCCAUUCCCGCCGCGGAGCCACCGGACGGUGCUGCCGGGAAGGAGGCGGACCUGGACGAGAUCCUCGAUGAGAUGGGAUGGGGUCGGUUCCAGUGCUUACACUGCGCGCUCAUGGCGUACGUGUGGUUCGUGGGCGCGCUGCAGACCCUCUUCAUGGUGUUUGCCAAGCCCGGCCUCAGGGCCGAGCUCCACAUCGAGUCCUCACACACCUCCGCCCUCAACUCGCUCUUUUUCGUCGGCAUGCUUGUGGGCGCGCCCGUCUGGGGCGCCGCAUCGGACCGGCUUGGGCGGCGGCGCGCCUUCAACAUCGUCAUGGUCCUUUACGUGGCGUGCAGCUUCGCCGAGGUCGUCGCGCCCUCGUACGCAGCCUUUGCCGCCGCCCGGCUCGUCCUCGGCUUCCUGCAGGCGGGGCAGGGCCUCAUCUCCUUCGUGCUGUGCGUUGAGCUCUUCAGCGCGAGCCGCUCCGCGACCGUGGGAUUCGUCGUCGCGGUCGCCUUCUCCGCGGGCAUCGUCACCCUCUCCCUCGUCGCCGCGGCCACCGACGCGGCUUCGCACUGGCGGCUCUACGCGGCGGUGCUCUUUGCGCUCGAGCUGCCCGUCCUGCUCUUCCUCGGCUGGCUCGUCGAGUCGCCCCGCUGGCUCCUCAGCCGCCGCGGCGCUGAAGCCGCGGCGCGCGUGCUCCGGCGCGUGCGGCAGCGGCUGCUGCUGAUGGUCGUGCAGUGGUGCGUCGUCUCGUUUGUUUACUACGGCCUCUCCUUCAACGUGGGCAACCUCUCCGAGAGCGUGCACCUCAACAACGCGCUCUCGGGCUUGGUCGAGGUGCCGGGCUACGGAGGGUCCACCCUCCUCGCCGACCGGUACGGCCGCAGACCCCUGCUGGCGGGCUGCCUGCUCGGCGCGGGCGUCGCCUGCCUCGUCGCUGCGCUGCCGCUGCCGACCGCCGCCAUCACCUUUGCCGCGAUGAUGGGCAAGCUCGCCGCCUCCGGCGCCUUCAACGUCGCCUACUUCUACGGCGCCGAGCUCUUCCCCACGUCGGUGCGAACCGCCGCGAUCGGCGCGUGCUCGCUCGCCGCGCGCGUCGGGGGCAUCGUCGCCCCGCAGGCGCUUCUGCUGGUCCCCGUGGCGGGCACGGCCGCCGUGAUGGCCAUCUUCGGAGCCGCCUCCCUCGCGAGCGGCCUCGUCGCGCUUAGCCUGCCGGAGACGUUGCACCGGCCGCUGCCAGACACGGUCGCAGACAUCGACCCGCCCGGCGACGCGCCGCCGGGCAGCAGGCGCUGGUCGGGCUGCUGCCCGACGCGGCACGCCCAGCUGCUGGACAGACGAGCGGUGGCGAGCGCAAGCAGCGGCGUGGAGGUCGGGGUUGGCGGGCGAGCCGAGGGUUGCGGUGCACACGAAGGCGGCGCGCCGCAGCCGCCGUUGGACCCAGGGUUGGAGGCGGAGGAGGACGCGAUGGGGGUACCAACGGUGUAUGGGGUGCCCAUAUCGAGGUCGUUGGGUGUGGAGCGACGAGGGUGUAACAAUAAUACAAAGAUCUAA